GACUUCCGCUAUGGGGGCGGGCCUUACGCGCCCGGCCGGAAGCGGGCGCCCUGCGGGACGGCGGCUGGAAAUCUUAAAGGAAGAUGGAACUCAUUAGAGCGUAUGAAACAAGGAACAAUUCCAAGAUUCAAGAGCCUGCUGUAAAAUCUCGAGUUGACUGGAGGCGGACGAAGAGAAAUAGCAUCUCACAGCUACUUGAUAGCGAUGAAGAACUCACAAGCGACGAAGAACCGUUCAGUGUCGAACCACUCGAUAGCGAAGACGAACCCAACGCGGAUGAAGAGCAAGAUUUGACGACUAAGGCCGUCGAUGAGAAAGAAAACAAAGAUGACGGUGUAACGGAGAGUGGCGGCCCUCUGCCUCCCAGGGAAGGGAAAGAGGACAGUGUAGCUGAGAGCGAUAUCGCAGUGGAUACCGAAAAUGUUCCACCACAAGAUGUUCUCGGCCAGCCCGACCCCCAGACGGAGGAGGACGUCGAAGAUGAGCACAUCACCCUAGGGAAGCGAAAAAUGUCAUCCUCGGUGAUCUAUGACACCGAAGAGAGCGACAGUGAUGGCAGUGAGAUCUUAGUUAGAAAGAUAUUUGCCAAACGACGCGUAAUAGAUGACGACGAAUGCUCAGAGGUUGAUCCGGAUCGGCCUACCUCAGAAACGGACACGGCCCCUCGGAAAUGGGACAAGCUGGAGAAACUGAAAGAGCUCUCAGAGCAACGAUCUCGCCGAAGAGCCAGUGAUGGAGCUUUGGAGGAACCUAAGGAAGAAUCCUGCCCCUCGCCCUCUAUAACAGUAGGAAACAGUGACUCAGAGGAGGAGGAUGAAGAUGAAAAUAGUUUGGAUGAUUUUAUAGUUGAAGACGAGGUAACUGAUGCUGAGGAGGUAAACGAGCUCCAGAAAACAUUGACUUCAUCAGAAUCUCGAUUUCUGAAACAUCAUAUUCCACAUUUGUCCUUCAAUGACCACUUCGUACAUUUCCAAAGAGUGGUGAAGGCUUUCCUCAUCAACGCUUUGGAUAGCGCUUUUCUGAGCACAUUAUAUGAUGGAGCAAGGCAAAAGAAGUACGCACAAGAUAUGUUAACAUCUCUUCAUUAUUUGGAUGACCGAUUUGUUCAACCUCGUCUAGAAAACUUAAUUUCCAGGAGUCGCUGGACAGCACGAUAUAAGGAGCGGGUGGAGAGUUACCCUGUGGUGAGGGUCACUUUGACAAAUCCCAAGGAGGCAUCCUGCCAAGCCUGUGGACUCCAUCGAUACUGUAAAUUUGCGGUGAAUUUAUCCGGAAAGCUCUAUAACAGCAGAACUUUGGAAACAGAUGACUUCAUGUUACAUGACACCCAGGUUUUGAAGGUUGGCUGUGUGUGUGCUGAGCGGACUAAGAUUUACCACCAACUGAAGCAUUUCAAGUACGAUUUAUACCAGGAGUGUUGCUCCAUUGCCAAAACUGACCAAAUCGAGAAUGAGCAGGUCAAAGAGACGGUGGGAAGAAUUUUCAGUCAGUCCGUCGAAAAUGGCUGGAUCCAGGAGAAAUACCAGCUACUUCAAGACUAUCUUGAUGAAGCAGAUUUCUUCCAAGACGAGAAGAUUAAGUGAAAGUUUGCUUGCAUUUUAAAAAAUUACCAACACGAUAAACAAUAGGAAACCGCUUCUGCAUGGUACACAGUAUUUGCACGUCUUGUGAAUGAGUCUUAUUUUUAAUUGUAUAUAUACUGUACAUACAAAUAAUUAGUAAAGAAAUUUUUCACAAAAAAUGUUCUUAUCUUGCCAGUUUGCUGGGAAAGAACUGGAUUGUAAAAUUUAUUUUAUGCAUAUAUGUCUUACUAUAUAUUUGCACAUACGUUUAUAUCUUACGUGUUGAUUAUUUCCCUUUAUUAGUGUAACUGGAUAGAGCAUGGGCCUGGGAGUUGGAAGGUCAUGGGUUCUAAUCCUGACUCUGCCACUUGU